GGGCGCGCACGGGGCACGCGCGGGGCUUUUCCGCGCCAAACUCCAAAGCCCGCGGAAAGCGCGCGCGGCACCGGCUCCGGCAGCGCACCCGGUGAGUCCGCCGGGACACCUCAAACCCGGCACCGGCACCGCACCCGGUGAGUCCGCCGGGACCCCCAGCCCCAAUCCCGGCACCAGCACCGCACCCGGUGAGUCCGCCGGGACCCCCCAACCCCAGCACCGCACCCGCGCCGGCGCCAUGUGGAUCCAGGUGCGCACCAUGGACGGCAGCCAGACGCACCGCGUGGACUCCCUCUCCAAGCUCACCAAGGUGGAGGGGCUGCGCCUGCGGAUACACGAGGUGUUCGGCGUGGAGCCCCACCGGCAGCGGCUGUUCUACCGCGGCAAGCAGAUGGAAGAUGGGCACUCCCUGUUCGAUUACAGCGUGGGGCUGAACGACAUCGUGCAGCUGCUGGUCAGACAAAGCCCGGCCGUGCUGCCUGCUGGCAGCAAGGACAAGGACCCCGAGCUCUCGGACAGCGACUCCGGCUGCGGCUCCGGCCCCAGCGAGUCCGACAAGAGCUCCCACAACGGGGAGGCUGCGCUGGAGCUGGAGGGACAGCCGGGCACGGCCGCCCAGCCCGACUGGGCAGACCCCUGCUUCGGCCUCUACAAGAUCAAUGACCUGGUGGAUGCUCGGGACACGGACAUGGGAGCGUGGUUUGAAGCCACAGUUGUGAAUGUAACCAGGAAAAAACCCACCAGUGGAUCAGCUGAGAGCUGCACAGACCCUGACCAGCCCACAGCUGUCCCUGAAGAGGAUGUGAUUUAUCAUGUGAAAUAUGAUGAUUACCCAGAGAAUGGGGUGGUGCAGAUGAGCUCGGGCAACGUGCGGGCGCGGGCACGGACCAUCCUCAAGUGGCACCAGCUGGAGGUGGGGCAGGUGGUGAUGGUCAACUACAACCCUGAUGAGCCCAAGGAGAGGGGCUUCUGGUACGAUGCUGAGAUCCUGCAGAAAAGGGAAACCAAAACCACCAGGGAGCUCAAUGCAAAGAUAUUACUUGGGGAAGCUGGUGAUUCCUUGAAUGACUGCACAAUUAUAUUAGUGGAUGAAAUCUAUAAAAUUGAAGAGCCAGGCACUGCUUCUCCCAUCAGUUCUGGAACUCCAAAACGACAGAGUGGACCCGUGUGUAAAGCCUGCAAGGACAACCCAAACAAGACCUGCAGGGUCUGUGCUUGUCACAUCUGUGGGGGGAAGCAGGAUCCAGAUAAGCAGCUCAUGUGUGACGAGUGUGACAUGGCCUUCCACAUCUACUGCCUGAACCCUCCCCUCAGCAGAAUCCCAGAUGAUGAGGACUGGUAUUGCCCUGAAUGUCGAAAUGAUGCAAGCGAGGUGGUUUUAGCAGGAGAGAAAUUAAAAGAAAGUAAAAAGAAACAAAAGAUGGCAUCUGCUAAUUCCUCCUCCCGGAGAGACUGGGGCAAGGGCAUGGCGUGUGUGGGGCGCACCAAGGAAUGCACCAUCGUCCCCUCCAACCACUAUGGACCAAUCCCUGGCAUCCCUGUGGGCACCAUGUGGAAAUUCAGAGUUCAGGUGAGCGAGUCUGGGGUGCACAGGCCCCACGUGGCCGGGAUCCACGGCAGGAGCAACGAUGGGGCCUACUCCUUGGUGCUGGCAGGAGGAUAUGAAGAUGACAUUGAUCAUGGGAAUUCCUUCACCUACACGGGCAGCGGGGGCCGGGACCUCUCUGGGAACAAGCGCACGGCAGAGCAGUCCUGUGACCAGAAACUCACCAACAUGAACAGGGCCCUGGCUCUGAACUGCAGUGCCCCCAUCAACGACAAGCACGGGGCUGAGGCCAAGGACUGGCGGGCGGGGAAGCCGGUCAGGGUGGUCAGGAACGUCAAGGGAGGCAAGCACAGCAAGUAUGCUCCUCUGGAGGGCAACAGAUACGAUGGCAUCUACAAGGUGGUGAAAUACUGGCCUGAGACGGGGAAAUCUGGGUUCCUGGUGUGGCGUUACCUGCUGAGGAGGGACGAUGAAGAACCUGCUCCUUGGACCAAAGAGGGGAAGGACAGGAUGAAAAAGCUUGGCCUGACAAUGCAGUAUCCUGAAGGAUAUUUGGAAGCUGUUGCAAACAAAGACAAGGAAAAAGAAAAUAAUGGAGAUGAUGAGUUGGAUACCCCAGGGAAAGGGAAGAGGAAAAGGAAAUCAGCAGGUGGGGAGGAAACACCCGUCACCUCUCCAGCAGGGACUCCAAAGAAAACUAAAGUUGAGCCAUACAAGCUGACAUCCCAGCAGAAAUCUCUUAUAAAAAGUGAUGAAGCCAAUGAAAAGCUGUGGAAUGAAGUCCUAGAGGCUCUCAAAGAUGGACCGAAAUUUCUGAAUAAAGUGGAAGAGGCCUUUCUGUGUAUUUGCUGUCAGGAGGUCGUGUUCAGGCCAGUCACCACCGUGUGCCAGCACAACGUCUGCAAGGACUGCCUGGACAGGUCCUUCAAGGCCUCGGUGUUCAGCUGCCCCGCGUGCCGCUACGAGCUGGGCCGCAGCUACAGCAUGGAGGUGAACGAGGCCCUGCAGAGCGUCCUGGCCCAGCUCUUCCCCGGCUACGGCAGCGGCCGGUGAUCCCCCAGAGCACUUCUCCCUCCCUGCCUCCCCCCUGCCUGCCACACCCACCCUGGGCUUAAUUUAAAACAAAAAAAAAAAGGGUUAGUCUGUGUUUUCUCCCACCCGCCUCCCCGCAUAAAAAUGGUUUGAAGUCUUCCUGGUUUUGAAAACAAACCUGUAAACUCCAAGGAUGAUCCUGUUGUAUGUUCGUGGGUUUUGUUUUUGUUCUCUGUGUUGAACUUUGCAAUUUUAUUUUUGGUUUUUUUCAUCCCCUCAAACCUGCCAUUCAUCAGUACAGAAUCAUUUGUUUCUAAUAAUGGACUGAAAGUGCUUCCGGUGAGGCUGCUAAUGAUGAGGGAAGUUCUCAGAGUGCCCCUCUGCCCCCUUUAUUUUUAUUUUUUAUUCCAAAAAUGGCUUGGUUGCUAGAACAAUCUUCACUGUCUGGGGAUUUGGCCAUCAAGGUAGACUCGUGCAUCACCUUGGCAGCAUUUUGAUACUCAAUUUGUACAAGAUGGUUCCUGGCUUUGUACCACAAGUGGGUUUUUACUAUUUUUUUGUAAGAACUGGGUUUUAUACAUUUGACAAAAAGCCAUUUCCCGCUAAUUUUGUAUCUCAGAAGCAGAAGGCUGCUUGCUUAGAGCCAAGUGGUUGGAGCAAUAUGAAGUACUACCUCACUGGACUUCUCUUAGGGAAGGAUUUGUUCAGCUGGGCGCUGUCCCCUGUCCCGAAAUGCCAUUGUGGAAUAUCCUAAAGCCAUUCUUAAGUGCCUUUUGUCCUUUGCUGGAAGACUGGGCUCUGAAUCACCAUCAAGGUCUCCUUUUUUUCAUAAGCACUGAAUUGUUGGGACUUGCCAGCCGGAUUCUUUGGGAGCGUGGAUCACUGUAGCUGUGUGUGAUUAGUGGGGAUUUGCAGAGGAUCAGGUUUCCUAGUUAUAGGUGUAUUGGGGAGUUUUUUUCUUUGUUCACUGCAUUUCUACUUGGAAAUGAAAAAUAACCAAUUCUGGCUUUUGUAUGAACCAUUUUGUAUUGGCCAUGCCUGGAGAAGGCUCCCUUGGUCUCCCUCUAACAUUACCAAAGUUUGCAGUUUGAUACCUCAGCAAGACAGGGAUGUUUUUAAUCACACUUUUCUGCAGACAGACUGGAACAAUUGUGCCUAUUAUUGGUUUCCUCAAAUCUUACCCUUUGCAAAGUGAUUAUGUUAAUAUGUUAGGGAAAAAGACCCUGCAACAUUUUAUACGUUUUUUGGUGAAUUUGUCAAUUUUUUGUAUAAUGUGCGAGUUGAUGUUCUCAAAAUAAAUAUCUUUUCAGAUGA